AGUUAACCGAAAAGUUUGGUUAUGAAUUUGUUUUGUUCACUGUUUUGGUGGCAAAUGAAGUUAUUUUUAUUGUUUUUAUUCCUCUUUUAUGCUAUUAGAAAGAGUUAAAAAUGAAUGUGCAAGAGGUUCAAGAAAAAGUGAAAGAAUACGAAUCAUUUGUAGAGAAUAAGCUGAAAAACGAUUUGAAAGAAAUAGAAACUAUACUUAAAAGCAAAGCAGAAAAACAUAGAGAUUGGGAAGAAGUAAAGGAAACAACAAAGGUAAUUCGUAGUUUCAAAGAAAAAAAUCGUGAUAUGAGACUGAAAGUAGACGUUGGUCAAGGUAUUAUGGUGCAAGGAGAAGUUACAGACUUUGAGCAAAAUUACAUUGACAUUGGCUUGGGAUAUUUACUGGAAAUGGACUGUGAUGAAGCUGAUCGAUACGCCGAUAUAAGGUUGAAAUUGUUACAAAAAGAAAUAACGCAUUAUAGAAAAUUGGCUGUCGAUAUAAAGGUUCAUAUUAAAUUAACUCUUUUGGCUAUGAGUGAAUUACAAGGCACUUUAUCUUUGUCUAAGAGUUAGCAUUAUUCUUUAUUUGUUUAGGUUUCACUAGUAUUAGGCUUAAUAAUAAAAUCUGUGAUUUUUGUUCCUUAGGUGUUG